UCGGGUCGACCCAAAUGUAUAGUCCAUUGAUCCAAUAUAUAAACACCCUUUCCAUUCGCAAACCCUAAAUCUGUUUGUUUUUGUUGCUGUCUGCCGCGCCUUACUACACUUCACAGACAGAGAAAUGGGUGCUUACAAGUACGUUUCUGAGCUAUGGCGGAAGAAGCAAUCGGAUGUUAUGGGAUUCGUGCAGCGUAUCAGGUGCUGGGAGUAUCGUCAACAAUCUUCCAUUGUUCGUCUCACUAGGCCUACUCGUCCUGACAAGGCUCGCCGUUUGGGUUACAAAGCCAAACAGGGCUAUGUUGUUUACCGCGUCCGUGUCAGGAGAGGUGGAAGAAAGAGGCCUGUUUCCAAGGGUAUUGUUUAUGGUAAACCAACAAACCAGGGAGUUACCCAACUCAAGUUUCAGAGGAGCAAAAGGUCAGUUGCUGAAGAGCGUGCCGGACGUAAACUGGGUGGUCUUAGGGUUCUCAACUCCUACUGGGUCAAUGAGGAUUCCACCUUCAAAUAUUUUGAGGUCAUUUUGGUCGAUGUAGCUCACAGUGCCAUAAGAAAUGACCCAAGGAUCAACUGGCUCGCCAAUCCCGUCCACGUACACAGGGAACUUCGUGGCCUCACUUCAGCUGGAAAAGAAAACCGAGGUUUGAGAGGCAAGGGGCACCGUACCAUCAAAGCCCGUCCAUCCCGCAGGGCCAACUGGAAGAGAAACAACACCCUUUCUCUUCGUCGUUACCGUUGAUUUUACUUUUUUAUUUUCUGUUUCUUCAUUCCCUGGAUAUUUGGAGUGCUUUAUCAGUUUUGUAUUGUCGACUUGCGUCUCUGCCCAUAAACUCAUUUUGGUGGUUAAUUAGCAGAGAUUGAUGACAAUAUUUCUCUUGUUGGAUUGUUUUUUCUUUAAUUUAAUCAAGUUAUACUUCUGUUAUUUAUAA